UGCGGAGGUGCCUCUGCCUCCGCCUUCUGUCGCUGAAGGAGCGCGGGCGCGCGGCGGCUUGCUGCCUUGCCUGUCCUCGCGCCGCCUGCCGGGAUGCUUCGGCUGCUGCCCUGCUGGGCGCUUCUGCUGCCCCUGUGGAACUCCGCAGCCUGGAAGCCGACUGGCCGUUACCCGCUGACUGACACGGGCGGGCUGGGCUUGGAGUUCGACGGCAUCGGGGCCGUCAGCGGCGGAGGGCCAAACUCUCGUGCUUCUUUGCACAUUCUCCUCAAAGUGGAAAUCGUUGGUGGUGAUGCUUUUGGCCAAGCAAUAGAUGGAACGGAACCAUCCCAUAUGCACUAUGAAAAUGAUGAGAAUUAUUUUCGUGGUUAUGAGUGGUGGCUGAUGAAAGAAGCUAAAAAGAGGAACCCUAAUAUUAAAUUAAUUGGGCUGCCAUGGUCUUUUCCAGGAUGGGUUGGAAGGGGUGAGAACUGGCCCUAUGAUCAUCCAGAUAUCACUGCUUAUUAUAUUAUCUCAUGGAUUAUAGGUGCUAAAAGAUUUCAUAAUUUGGACAUUGACUACAUUGGGAUUUGGAAUGAACGGACUUUUAACAGUAAAUAUAUCAAGCUUCUAAGAUACACUUUGGAUAAACAGCAGCUGCAGCGGGUACGAAUCGUAGCCAGCGAUAACCUAUGGGAACCAAUUUCCUUUCUCAUGCUGCUUGACAGUGAACUCCGUGAAGUGGUCGAUGUCAUUGGGGCUCACUAUCCAGGGACAUGGACAGUAUCUUCUGCCUUGUUAACAAAGAAGAAACUCUGGUCUUCAGAAGACUACAGCACUUUCAAUGAUGAAACAGGAGCAGGAUGUUGGGCUCGAAUCCUGAAUCAAAACUACGUCAAUGGCCACAUGACCUCCACUAUAGCUUGGAAUUUGGUGGCUAGUUACUAUGAAGACUUACCCUUUGGUCGGUGUGGUUUAAUGACGGCGCAGGAACCUUGGAGUGGGAAUUACACCGUGAAUCCCCCAAUAUGGAUCACUGCACACACAACCCAAUUUACACAACCAGGCUGGCAUUACCUGAAAGUAGACGGGCGCUUAGAAGGAGGUGGCAGCUACGUUGCGCUGACUGAUGGGAAAGGCAAUCUUACAAUCAUUAUUGAAACCAUGACGUAUCACCAUUCUGCUUGCAUCAGGCCACCCUUACUUCCGUACAAUGUGACACCCCAGAAAGCAACUUUCUAUCUCAAUGGAUCCUUCAGCCAAGUGGAAGCUCUUCAGAUGUGGUAUUCUAAGCUUGAAUUUAAAUCAUCAAAUUCCACGUUGUUCCAGUAUCUUGGAUCCCAAAAAGUCUGUGAAGGGACAUUGACAGUAAAUUUGGGUCUGGAUGAAGUCUAUACUCUGACAACGUUGACAACAGGCCGCAAAAGCCGUUACCCUGAUCCUCCUCCUUCCAAGCCCUUUCCCUCAACUUAUAAGGAUGACUUCAAUAUCCGCAACCCGCCUUUCAGCGAGGCACCAUACUUCACUGAUCAGACUGGGGUCUUUGAGUACUUCGUGAACGCUUCGGAUCCAGGGGAGCACGUCUUUACUCUCCGGCAGGUGGUCAAUCAGAGGCCUGUGACAUGGGUUACUGAUGCAAAGAACACCAUCAGCAUUCUAGGAAACCAUAAAUGGGUGAACAUAACACUCAGUUGUGAUAUUUAUAUAGAAAAAAACCAAGGAGGUGCAUUUAUUGCAGGAAGAGUGGACAGAGGUGGAAUAUAUGUUUCCGAUGCCAAGGGAGUUUUCUUUUGGGUGUUUUCAGAUGGCACUUACCGAGUCACAGGUGAUCUCUCUGGUAAAGAGAUCUUGAUGAAAGGGCUGUCUGGCGUGCGAGCUGAAACCUGGCAUAGGCUUACACUAAUUCUCGUGGGUGAUAAUGCUUCAGGCAUGUUGAAUGGCUAUCCUCUCUGGGAGAAUGUCACCAUAACCAAGCCAGAGAACGGUUGGGCAGCUAUUGGGACACAAUCUUUUGAGCUGGCACAAUUUGACAACUUUCAUGUUCAGGCCAGCUGAGGAUUCCAGGGAUCAUUUUCGAUGAAGCAAAAGUCUGACUUGCCUUAGUGCCUUGAAAAUAAUCUUUUUUUUUGUAAAUGAUGUUGACGGGAAGUUUUUAUUUUUUAUUAUUGCUUUGAUGAAUGAAUUUGAUUCUGCAGUUUCAAAGAAAUGGGAAAGACUGGAAUUCACGAAGAGUCUUUUAAAUUGUUGGAGUGCAAAUGUCAUAUCAUGACUUCUUAGGCAACAGUGAGAUUUUAUAAAGGGAAUGUUUUCAGUACUUGCAUAUCUAUAGAGUCCAUUCCUUUCACACUAACACUCCACUCAGUCCGAUAAUGUGUCUUGUAUACGUUUCUGUAAAGCGAUACGUUUACCUUUUUGGCAGUCCAUCUGAGAUAAAGGGCUCCAAAUGGAUUUAAAUGCCUUCUCCCAGGAAACAAGAUCUCACUCUUAGCCUUUUUCAUUCCUUAAUAUGUUUUAUUUUGAAUGACAAAGAAACCAUCUGCUAGCUUGUUGGAUCUCAUGAAACUCUUUGUUUUAAACUACCUCUUUUUCUACAAUAGCAGCAGAACAGGUACACUGAAAGAGCCUUAUUCCAUGUUUGAUAACCCCACUGUUCCUAUUGCGUUCGGCUUUUCCUCUGUCUGUCUCCUCCUGCUGAAGAAAGAGUAGACAAAACUUUUGAAGUGUAAAUGAAAGUUAAUGGAAAUACACUUUCUCUAGAGAUUAAGUGGCACUGCAUUCAACAUAUGAAAGAGCUGCCAGGUUUAUAGUUAGGCUAGACUUGGAAGCGUGAGCGUGGAUCUUCGCUUCCGUGUAGAUGAUGUCUGAGCACUCCAAUUUCUGUUGUAAUGGUACUCAAAGGUGACAUCACCCACGUGGAGCAUUCCGUACCUCCUCCCAAGACCAUUUGCUGAUGUCCUAUUGUAAGCCCACCGAGCCAGUGGAUUCCAGCCUGAUGACAAAUAACUUUUGAUUCACUAAAUUCAGGCUGCUAUGUGCAUCCUUUCAGAUAUCCCUCUUUUCAUAGUUGAGUAACUUUAAAAGUAUGUUGCUUCUCUCUCCCCCAGUGAUUAAUCAGAUUCCUAAAACCUCUCAAAUAGUUCAAUUUCCCCCCUAUUUCAUGCUUAUUGCAUGCUGCAGAAACCUGCUACUAGCUAAGAUGUUAGCCUGAUUGAAAUCUUUAGAAAAUGUCUCUAAAUAAUAGAUACUCCCCCAAGUAAUUUCUGAAACAAACUGAAGUAUAUUAAACUUAAACAAAUAUAAGUUUUCUUAUUGACACAUGGGGUUGGAUCUGGCUAGCUCUUUUCAGUCGGUCUCACUCAAUGCUCUUAUCACAGCUCCAAUCCUACAUAGUUUUUGUCCAUGCCGAUCACUUGAUUCCCUUUCUGGCAGUCAAAGGUGGAUCCCCUCCAUUUAAAAACAAAACAAAACUGGAUGCAACAUUUCAUUUUGAGGUUCAGUCUGUGAACCUGGAUGUUGUGCAUCACUGUGGUUACUGAGAGAAGAGGAAAACAAUAUUUCUUUUGCUUCUUAACCAGGAGCUGUGCCUUAUAUACCAAAGCACUGUGUUUUAAGAGUUAAAUAAUUGGAGAAACUGAAGGAUUCCCAUGGAUGUUUUAAGCACUGAGCCCUUUGGGGGUGGGCGGGGUAUAAAUGGAAUAAACUAAACUAACUAAGCACUUUGGCAAAUUUGACUAGUAUGAAUAUGUCUGUGCUCAGUCAGACCAUUUUUAAAAAAUAGAUCGACUGAGGGUACUGAUGGUCUGUCCAUAAUUCAUUCUUCUAGAUUAUUUGUUUAGGAUCCUGGGAAAGUUGAUUGUUGGGGUCAUGGGACCAAGGAGGCCUACUGGGCACAUGGGUUGGCGCUGCAGUGUGGAGGGGGAAGGAUGCAAUCACCCUUCCUUUUUCCUUAGUACUUCUCUGCUGAGAGAACAGGUAGGAAGAACAAUUUUGUUGUCUUCUGCCACCCACCUCAGUGCUGCCCACUGCCCCACAAGCAGUUCCUCCAACUCACGGCAUCUGCUGUCCCAAGUUCAGAAUGGAUUGUUGGAUGUAGAGCCACAUAAGAUCUGUAAUCUCAGGAUCAAAACCACUGAAUUCCAGCUCCCUGAGGCUACCUAAUACCCAAUAUCUUUGGGUAGCUUUUGGUGAUGAGUGCCAUUGAAGAAAGGAGCUGACUAAUGUGUCCCAAAGAGGUUUUUUAAAAAAACUUUUUGCACUAACUGAACAAAUGGUUGUAUUUUUGCAUUUGUUAAAUGUUGUGUAAUUGAGAAGACUAGAUUUGUGUUUAUUUAUGAAAUAGCGAGUUGAAAUUUGUCAUGUCUUGAGAUAUGCUGCACUAAUUAAUGUUUGUGAGUUCGUCUUAAACUGCUUUGAUGUCUAAUGUUUUAAACUUGGAGAAAUAAAUACUGAAACUGAAGGUCUGCA